CGCGCGGCGCGCAGGGAGCUGAGUGGACCGCUCGGGCGCGCGGCGCGUGCGGCAGCUCCGGAGAGCGGCGAGCUGGCCGCGCAAGGCUGCGUUUCCAGGAGGAGCUGCGAGCGCGGUGCCGGCUCCCAGCAAGAUGCUCAAGGUGUCAGCCGUACUGUGUGUGUGUGCGGCCGCUUGGUGCAGUCAGGCUCUCGCGGCGGCCGCGGCGGGGGCUGCGGCCGGGGGGCGGUCGGACGGCGGUAAUUUUCUGGAUGAUAAACAAUGGCUCACCACGAUCUCUCAGUACGACAAGGAAGUCGGACAGUGGAACAAAUUCCGAGACGAAGUAGAGGAUGAUUAUUUCCGCGCUUGGAGUCCCGGAAAACCCUUCGAUCAGGCUUUAGAUCCAGCGACAGAUCCAUGCUUAAAGAUGAAAUGUAGUCGCCAUAAAGUAUGCAUUGCUCAAGAUUCUCAGACUGCAGUCUGCAUCAGUCACCGGCGGAUUCCGCACAGUAUGAAAGAAAUAGGAGUAGGCCGUAAGCAAUGGAGGAGUCCCAUGUCAUCCACCUGCAAGCAGUGCCCAGUGGUCUACACCAGCCUGGUUUGUGGUUCAGACGGCCAUACCUACUCUUCUCAGUGCAAGCUAGAAUAUCAGGCAUGUGUCUUAGGAAAACAGAUUUCUGUCAAAUGUGAAGGACGUUGCCCAUGUCCCUCAGAUAAGUCCACAAGUACAAGCAGAAAUGUUAAGAGAGCAUGUAGUGACCUGGAGUUCAGGGAAGUGGCAAACAGAUUGCGGGACUGGUUCAAAGCCCUUCAUGAGAGUGGACGCCAGAUCAAGAAGACAAAGGCGUUGCUGAGACCUGAGAGAAGCAGAUUUGAUACUAGUAUUUUGCCAAUUUGCAAAGAUUCACUUGGCUGGAUGUUUAACAGACUUGAUACAAACUAUGAUCUGCUGCUGGACCAGUCAGAGCUGGGAAGCAUUUACCUUGAUAAGAAUGAACAGUGUACCAAGGCAUUCUUCAAUUCCUGUGACACAUACAAGGACAGCUUGAUAUCGAACAAUGAAUGGUGCUACUGUUUCCAGAGACAGCAAGACCCGCCUUGCCAGACGGAGCUCAGCAAUAUUCAGAAGCGGCAAGGGGUGAAGAUGCUCCUGGGUCUGUACAUCCCACUGUGUGAUGAAGAUGGGUAUUAUAAACCAACGCAGUGCCACGGCAGUGUGGGGCAGUGCUGGUGCGUGGACAGAUAUGGAAAUGAAGUCACGGGAUCUAGAACGAACGGUGUUGCAGACUGUGCUAUAGAUUUCGAGAUCUCUGGGGAUUUUGCAAGUGGAGAUUUCCAUGAAUGGACUGAUGAUGAGGAUGAAGAACACGACAUUAUGAAUGACGAAGAUGAAAUUAAAGACGAUGAUGAAGAUGAAGGGGAUGAUGAUGAUGGUGGUGAUGACCAGGAUGGAUAUAUUUGAUUGGUGGAAGCUGAGAUGAAUAAAUACUACAUUUCUAAUAUUUACAAAGUGAUAGCUUAUUGAGAAUUACCUUCUUGCCCAAAAUACAGUGGUUCUAAACCUCACGUAUAUUUUGGAUAAUUAUUUCAAAUAUUGCAGCUAAAGUCAUAGAACUUUAUGUUUGAAUAAGAAUCAUUUACUUGGAGUUUUUUUAUGGCUUAUAGAAAAAGAAAACACGUAUUGAGUUCAGGCAGAAAAAAAAGUUACGAAGAGCUAUUAACAAACAAAUUUUCAUAAGAACUUUUUUUAGAUCCUCCACAAGCAAUGAUAAUCCAUUUCUUGGACUGUAUGUAUUAUUUUAUUGAGAGAUAUUCUAAGUUAAAUUUACAUUAA